AUGGAAGCACUAUAUGGAGUUUCUUCUGGAAACUUUGACAUCAAGUCACCGGCGGACAAGUUCUUUACAUCUUUCACCGACGACAUAGAUAGCACUUUUGACAUAAUAUCGAAGGAGAAGAUCACUGAGUCUGUGGGUUGGGAGAAAAGAACAGUGACGUUGAAUAUGUGUGGAAAUCUAGUCUCCGAUAGCUACAAUACUUUCAAAGCAACCAUCACGGUCACUCCCAAGGAAGAUGAGACCGAUGGUAGCCGUGUGGUGUGGACCGUCGAGUACGAGAAGAUCCGUCAUGACAUUGGAGAUCCAAUGUGGAUCAUCGACAUUCUUAUCAAUUACUUAAAGGAGACUGAUGAAUAUCUUUGUAUGUAG